CACAGCCCGGCGCACAGGCGGCAGCGCCGCAGCCCCGCGCAGACAGACAGACACACACACACACACACCCACCCAGAGGCAGGCUCUGGCAGUGGCACUCGCAGCGCAGCAGCGGCCGCCGCCACCAGGCAUGGCACAGGGCUCUGCCUCGCCAUGGCAGCAGCAGCAGCGCGACACAGCACCCUGGACUUCCUGCUCAGCGCCCCAGCUGAUUGCAAUGCCGUUCUUAAAGGUCUACAGCCUGUUUUUCAAGAGCAGGGAAUGACAGAAACAAUUCAUAACUGGGAGGAUCAUGGUUACUUAGCAACUUACGUCAACAAAAAUGGCAGUUUUUCCAAUCUGAGAAUUUACCCUCAUGGAUUAGUAUUGGUGGAUCUGCAGAGCCACAGUGAUGAUAUUAAAGGAAGAGAUGAAAUUGAUCAUCUACUAAAUAAGAUAGAAGAAAGAAUGAAAGAGUUGUUUCACAGCAGUAUCAAAAGGGUAAAGCGAUUGCCAGCAACUGUGAGAGGAGGAGCCAUUGAUAGAUACUGGCCCACGGCUGAUGGGCGUUUGGUAGAGUAUGACAUAGAUGAGGUUGUUUAUGACGAAGAGUCGCCUUAUCAGAAUAUUAAAAUUCUACAUUCGAAACAGUUUGGGAAUAUUCUUAUCCUCAGUGGGGAUGUUAAUCUGGCAGAGAGUGACCUGGCAUAUACGCAAGCCAUAAUGGGCAGUGGGAAAGAAGACUUCACUGGGAAAGAAGUGCUGAUCCUAGGAGGUGGUGAUGGGGGUAUACUGUAUGAAAUAGUCAAACUGAAACCAAAGAUGGUCACCAUGGUGGAGAUUGACCAAAUGGUGAUCGACGGGUGUAGAAAAUACAUGCGUAAAACAUGUGGAGAUGUCUUAGACAAUCUUAAAGGAGAAUGCUAUCAGGUUCUAAUAGAAGACUGUGUUCCAGUACUGAAGAGGUAUGCCAAAGAAGGAAGGAUGUUUGAUUAUGUAAUUAAUGAUCUGACAGCUGUUCCAAUCUCCACAUCUCCUGAAGAAGAUUCUACAUGGGAGUUUCUACGAUUGAUUCUUGACCUUUCAAUGAAAGUCCUGAAACAUGAUGGAAAAUAUUUCACGCAGGGAAACUGUAUCAAUCUGACUGAAGCCUUGACCCUCUAUGAAGAACAGCUUGGUAGGCUUUAUUGCCCUGUGGAGUUCUCAAAGGAAACUGUAUGUGUACCCUCAUACAUGGAAUUGUGGGUGUUUUACACCAUUUGGAAGACGAGAACUGAAGUGUGAAGAUCAAGAUAUUCUAAUUGUGUGCUGCAUGGAGCAUAUAGGCUUGCCGCGUGCUGCAUAUUGGCAUCUUGAACCUUUAAAUUAUAUGCUGUAGAUGAUCCUGAAACUUAGUCAUGCUAUUGAUUGUGAAUUCUUUAAAUGUUUUUUAUUAUUAUUUUAAUUUAAAAGCAAAUGGAAAAUGUAUAUUUUGAUGAGGUAGGGUGUUAUUUUUGAAAGUCAACUUAAAGAUGAAUUAGCAGCAAAACUAUAGCUGCUGAAUGCACUGAACCUUUAGAAUGUGAUCCUUUUUAUUUUUUUGUAGAUCUUCACAAACUGAUUAAAAAAAAACAUCUUUAACAUUUCA